UAGCCUUUGCCACUCGACGAGCUAGACACAAGUUCGUUAACAACCUAUAUUUGCCGAUAGGAGCCCUCCUACUCAUUUGACUACGGAGGUGGAUGAACCUGUUUUCAGGGCCAAUUGAGGCGCAACUAGCUUUCGAUGCUCACUCAUAUAAAGAGGCUUGCCAAUCUGAUCAUGAAAAUGAGAAUCCUAUUUGACACACCGCCUUCCUGGCCGCCACUCUACCUUUUUCUGCCACAUGACGUCAUACAGUAUCAACACUGCGAGAAUCUGCGAGAAUUAACAAGAAAGAAAAUCUCCCUACAUGGGGCUUGCAUCUGUCGAGGUUGCCAGCUCCACGACCGACCUUUACAAGGCGAUACGCGAAUACUACAAAUUUGUAGUGAUCCACUCAGUUCGAUUUUGUUCAAGGCUGGCCAGCCAACACAGUGGCACCAUACCCCAAGAACAGAUAUGCGCGUUCUAAUCGGCCAUUCGAGUGAGGAACCGUGGCCUGACCAGUGUGGCGCCCUCGACAUGCUCAUGUGCCGCUUACUUCACCCUCCUUUGGCCAUGAGAGUACCACUACAACACCACCACCGUCAUUAAAUGGUUCCCUGGGCUCUCUGAUAGGUGUCUACCUCCCCUACUGGCUUUCCUGUUUCAGCCAUCUAAGUCCGUCGUAUUGCCAGAGUCGUUCGAUGCAUCCAAUGAUAUUGUUUCGUAUGCACGCAUCGAGAAUCCUGCAGUCAACAGCGGGGAGAGACAAGAGACGGCGCUGGGUUUCGCCCCUUGGCCUACAUGGUUGAUAAGGAGGACUAACCUAUAAAUAUAAUACACUAUUUUGUGGCGAAGGCUGAUGCGCAGAUCAUCAU